AAUGUCCCUUACGUCAUUUUACAGUCGUGGGGGAUCUAUGUGGCCAGUUAUAUUGGUUAUUGUUUCGUUCCGCCAGCAGCUGCCGGACAGAGGUUUACUUCACCACAUGUCGGGCAUAAAACUUAAUAAAUAACUACACACACAUAUGUUCUACAUGUUCAUACUGACAUUUGCUGUAGCAAGUAAAUAUAGACAUAUUUGCUAAACGCGAACGCAUAUCAAUAAACAAAAGACUGCACGGCUUGCACCGACGCACACACGCGCACUUACACCCGACACAAUGACGUAAGUGCUACUAUGAUGCAGUGGACAUACGGCCUGUGGGACGCGGUGCGCCCCUCUCCAGUCGGGUCGCAACUUGCAGGCUGUUGUUGUAUCCGGCAACGGCAUUCGGCCGCCGACCCCCGCGCCGGGCUAACGUGACGCGUUGUGUAGUGCAGUGUUCAUGGACAGCCAACAUGGUGCGUUCUCUGUCUCAGUGGACAAAGACCCUCAGCUUCCCAGCGAGGUUGUCUCCCAACCGCGCCUCCAAGGAGAGUGUGGUCAACGUGCAACCGAGCUCCCCUGGAGUGUCCCCGACUCCGAGCGCCUCCUCGCUCCCCCAAGGAUCGGAUAAGACAGUUUCCCCUAUCCCCAUCACGGAGAUCAGCCAAAUCAUAUACCCGGAUCCAGAGUCGGAGAAGGCGAUUAUGGGAUCCGUGGUGUACUGCAUCCACCAUAAGGAAGGAUGCCAGUGGUCAGACGAGCUUCGCAAACUCAAGGCGCACCUGAACACCUGCAAGCAUGACGCGGUGCUCUGCGCGGCGCAGUGCGGUGCAAUGAUUCCGCGGGUACUGAUGCAAGAUCAUCUCCGGUACACCUGUGCUCGCAGACGAGCUAACUGCGAUCAUUGCGGGAAGGAGUUUUCAGGAAGCGCUCUUGAGGAACACCACGGCAACUGCGGCCACGAGCCGGUGUACUGCGAGAACAAGUGCGGCGCCAAAGUGCAACGCCGACACACGCAGCAGCACAUCCAGCAGCACUGCAGCAAGCGGCUCGUGCCUUGCAGACAUUGCGGGCAGCGGUACACACAGGACACAGUGUCGGCGCACGGCGCGACGUGCGCUCGGGCGCCGGUGCCGUGCCCGCAGUGCUCGGCCGCGGCGCCGCGACACGAGCUGGAGACGCACCUGAGGGAGCACUGCGCGGUGGCGGGGGCCGGGGCGGGGGCGUGCGCGUUCAAGGACGCCGGCUGCCGGUUCUCGGGCACGCGGCCGGCGCUGGAGCGGCACGCGGAGGCGGCGUGCGCGCAGCACCUGGCGCUGGUGUCGGGGCUGGCGGCGCGGCAGGCGCGCGCGCUGGAGUCGCUGCGCGCGGCGGUGGCGCGGCUCGCCGUCAACUGCUCGGGCGCGCUCGUGUGGCGCGUGGCGGACUGGGCCGCCAAGAUGGCGGAGGCCAAGUGCAAGGACGGCGUGGAGCUGGUGUCGCCCGCGUUCUAUACUACUCAAUAUGGAUAUAAGUUGCAGGCGUCUCUCUUCCUGAACGGCAACGGUGCCGGCGAGGCCACGCACAUGUCGGUCUACAUCAAGAUCCUACCCGGAGAGUACGACGCUCUGCUCCGCUGGCCCUUCGCUCACACCGUCUCUUUCACUCUCUUCGACCAAAGCGCCUCGCCAGACAGAGCAUGCAAUAUCGUGGAAUCCUUCGUACCAGACCCUACGUGGAAGAACUUCCAAAGACCGUCGAAGGAGCCGGACGCGCUUGGGUUUGGGUUCCCGAGGUUCGUGUCGCACGAGAUGCUGAAGAAGAGGAGUUUUGUGAAGGAUGACGUCAUGUUUCUGAGGGUUAAGGUGGAUCCGAGCAAAAUUGUCGCCGUUUAGGUUAAGAAAUAAAAUAAUAUAAUUGAUCAAAAUUUUUGACUGUAAAAGCCACCAGUAAUUUGAUAAUUUUGGAAACAAUAACUUUAUUUAGAAUCAACGGUUUUGCUAUUUUGAACUUAUUAGUAAUUUCGUUUUCAGUUAAUACCCGUACGUUCUUGGUACUUUUAGUAGGAAAUCUGACAUUAACAUUAUUGAAAAUUAAAGACAUGCAGGCGAAUACCGCACAAAAUUUAAUUAGUCAUCGUUAUUUAGUAUUAAAAUAUUUAAAAGUCAUAGUUUUAAUGUAAAUAUUAAUUAAGUUUAUAUUAUAAUUAGGUUAUUUAUGUGAAUAUUUGUAAAUAUCGUAGGGUAGAAGCACAUUUGAUGCAUUGUUAUCCUUUCACUAAAGAUCUCUUGAAUUUUAUUGCCGGCAGACGGACGUAACGAACUGAGCUGUUUCAAAGAAAAUUGAACCUUCUUUAUAUAGGCCAAAUAGUGCAUAUCGCUUUGAGAAAUUAACGCAAUUAGGAUGUUAUAAGUGCCAUAAGAAAGGACACACGUUUUUAUAGGACACUGCAAAAAUAGUGUGUUGUCAAAUAAGCUACGUUUAGGCGUUUUUGUCAGCCUUGAGACUAAUAUUAAAGGCUUUUUGAAAAACGCCGACGACCUCUGACCCACAGAUUAAAAAUGAUUGUCUUUGAAACGUGCCAAGUUCCGUUACCUCGGCAGAUCUUUGUACAUAGAACUCUGUUUUAACAAAAAAUAAUUUAUCCAUUAAAGUUGAGAAAUUUAUUGUAAAUACAAAACUAUCGAAGAACAAAAAUUGUAAAUACAUAUUUUUUUUCUUCCACUUUUUUAAAAAGUCUCAUUAUCUGUGUGUUAUAAGGCUGGAGAUAGACCAAAGUGAUGACUUUGCCAGGGGAGAAAAAAAUGGCGCCAAAGAUUUGUUUGUCGAUUAGAAAAUAGCUUAAACUAUAGUUAUUUAGGCGUUUUCUUUUCAAAAAUAUAUUACCAGAAUCAAAAGGCAAACACAAAUUGAAGGCGCUCCAUACAUUUCUUACAGCAAAGUCCAUCAAACAUGUAACAGCAAAACGCUGUAGUUAUAUGUGUGUAGGUAUAUUUAGGCAUUUAUCAUUGAUUCCUUUAUCAAAAUCAUUUAAACAAAGAAAUGUUAAUUUGAAAAAUGCUUGAGCGUUCAUGAUUAUUUCUGUAAAUAAUUUUCUAAUAAUUGAUAUUUCUCUAUAAUUGGUGUUUCGUUUUUUAAAUUGUUAAAAUUGUCAGAUCUCUAGUAAGCUCGCUUUAAACUAAUCUCAACGGUAAUUAUACAUUCCAAUUAAAACAUAUAAUAAGUUCUGUAACAGUUGUCCUUUUUUAGCUAACCCAUUUUUGAUUGGAAAUUUAUUUAAAUCUUACCAUUAUUGAUCAGAUGAAGCAGUGUAUGUAACUGUACAUAAUUAGACAUUAAAACUCGUGUGAUCAAUGUGAUCAUAUUAUGAAACUCACUUCGUUCGUUUCAUAAACCCAUACUCGUAUUUUAAUGCCUUUCAUUGUGUGACCAGUACAUAAACUAACAAAAAACCCACCAUUAGUUAAAGUUUUAGCAACUGAAUAGUUUUUUAAGCUAAAAACAUUAAAAUUGGUACCUAAUCCUACAUCAUGAACAAAUUCAAUUGGCUAUUACCAGGAAGGCCGUUUUUUCACUUUUCAAAAGAAAUAUCUAAAUAUCUAAAAUUAUUCUAUGGCUAUUCCAAAAUACUUCUGAUAACAUAGGUACAAAAUACCAUAACAGAUUUUUAUGUAUUAUGGUCAAUUUGGUCAUAUUUUAUUUUGGUCAAUUUGGUCUGUUUUUGAACUAAGUUUUUUGCAUAUUUUUUAUUUCAUUCCUCAUUUCGCAAUAUACUAGUAUAAUGUGUAUUAGCUAAGGAACAUAAGACUAACAAAGUAGUUAAGUUAGAGUAGCUAAAGUUAAGUUCUACGCUUAGCAUUAAGGACUGUACAUGACUUUGGAUUAAGAUAAAAAUAUAUUAUUUUUUUCUUAAAAUA